AUGGCUGGAAUGGCAGGUGAUAUCGCAAGCACAGAUGAGGCACCUGAGCACCUCACUACAAAGGCAAAUACUACAGAUACUGCCGCCGGUCGCGUCGAUAAGUCUGCUAGCUAUGCACGCGAGAAGAUUGCCUACCAGUUGCAACCAGGAGACACAAAGGCCACAUCUCGUCAUAUAUCGGAUACUCCCGACAGUAUAUGGCAGUUCCGGGAGGACAAUGCGAGAGAGGUGCCUGACCAUGGGGUGGGGGUGGAGAAGAACCAGACUAUGCUACAAUCUGCACAAGAGACCGUGGCCAAGGCUCUCGGGGGAGGCUCGCGGGGUGCCGAUUAA